AUGAAGCAUAUCAACGUCGACGGCAUUGAUGCGCUGAACAAGGCGGUGGAAGAAAAUCCAGGCAAGAUUUUCGUCCUCUACACGGGCAGCAAAGUGAAUGGGGUCUCGUGGUGCCCGGAUUGUGUACACGCUGAGCCAGUCAUUGAAAAGGUGCUUGCCGGGUCAGACGUCUCCUCAAGCGACAUUACCUUCAUCACAUGCCUCGUCGGCCAGCGCGACUAUUGGAAGGACCAAAAAUGUCCAUUCAGGACGGACGCGCGGAUCAAGAUCAAUUCUAUCCCGACGCUAGCGCAAUGGGGCAGCAAGGUCCACCGUCUCUCUGAAGCCCAACUCACCAACGCCGCCCUGAUCAAGGACUUGUUGCUCGAGGACAAC